CCCUCUCUCCAGGAGCGAGGCUCAACCAGGAGCGAGGCACAACCAGUCGCUGUAGCGGCUGGAAAAAUAGUCUAAAAUUUAAAAUGGCUAAUUACAGAACAAAGCGCAGAAGAUCAGGGUGCCUUGAUGUAGCAGUAAAUGCAGGGAAACGAGGAGGGCAUUCAACUGAAGGAGAACCAGCCAACAAGAACAUCAAGAAGGCAAAGAAAGGCGAGAUCAACUUCUUACCCAACUUUCCAGAGGGAUUUAAUCAGGUAGCCCUUGAGGGUGCCCGCAAAGACUUGGUUAAUGAAAUGCAGAAGAGAACACCAAAUGGACAGCUUGUGAAAGAGAAGAUGGAUCUUACGUUUGCAUUGAGAAGAAAAGAGGUGGUGGAGUCAGAACCUGCCAUAUGUGAGAUGGUGGAACGUUGGCUUGCUCUUUUCACAGAAGAUCAGGUAUGCAUGGAGUUCAACAGGAUUGUUGGCAAGAAUCUCAAACAGGAAUUCUAUGAGAGCAUUGAUCGGCACAGUCCUCGUCUUAUCGAGAUUUUUCGAUCCAAGAGAGGGAACAUUGGCCAAAUGUUGACACAGCUUUCCCAACAAACAAAGACUGCAGAGCCAACUGAUAUUCGAACACUGGUGCUCAGAGGACUUCCUGUUAUCCUUGGUGACAACCCCACAGACUUCUACAAACCAGCCUUUGACUCAGAUGAUGAUGACUCUUUCCGCAACAUUGACAUUGGGAUCCUCCUCGUUGAACCUGAAGGUGCUGUGCCCUCAUCCUCCCUGCAUCUCAGUCCAGCCUCACUAAAAAUUGUCAUUGAGGGAGAAGUGGUGAUGGACAACAUUUAAGACCUGCCAAAAGCUAUGUGUCUUCUCUUUGGACUUGCAUAUGCAAUGCAUCUCAGUUACCCCAUUUCUAUGAAGUUCACGUUCCAGUUCAUCCAACAGGUAUUUCUUGAGCUGGGCCACGUUGAACUAAAACCAAAGUUACAAACAUUGAAAAACCAGCUUGCG